AUGCCCCUCCACCCAGCAACCAUGCCCUCCGUUGAGACCAAGCCAUUCGACGGUCAGAAGCCCGGAACCUCGGGACUGCGGAAGAAGACCAAGAUUUUCGAACAGCCCAAGUAUACCGAGAAUUUUGUUCAAGCAAUCCUGUCCUCCAUCCCAGAGGGUGCUCCAGGCGCUACUCUGGUCAUUGGCGGUGACGGUCGCUACUUCUCCAAGCAGGUAGUUCAAGUCAUUGCCGAGCUCUCCGCCGGAAACAAAGUCAAGAAACUGAUCAUUGGCCAAAACGGCCUGCUGUCUACCCCUGCAGCCUCCCAUGUUAUCCGUAAAUUCAAGGCGACGGGUGGAAUCAUCCUCACUGCGUCGCACAACCCAGGUGGUCCGGACAAUGACUUUGGAAUCAAAUACAACCUGGCCAAUGGCGGACCCGCCCCGGAGUCGGUCACCGACAAGAUCUUCGAAGUCACCAAGACUCUGUCCAGCUACUCUCGGGAGCAAUUGAGCGAAAUCGAUCUGUCUACAGUUGGCACACGCACCUACGGAAGCUUGGAAGUCGAGAUCAUCGACAGCGUCAAGGACUAUGUUGAGCUGCUCGCUGAAAUCUUCGACUUCAACUUGAUCUCCACCUUCAUCAAGGGCGACCCUGAGUUCACUGUUUUGUUCGAUGGCCUCAACGGUAUUACUGGUCCCUACGCAAGAGCCAUUUUCAUCGACAAGCUCGGCCUUCCUGAAUCCUCUAUUCAAAACGCUGUCCCGCUGCCAGAUUUUGGCGGCCUCCAUCCCGAUCCUAACUUGACGUACGCCCGCACCUUGGUCGACAAGGUUGAUGCCAACAAGAUCCCUUUCGGUGCUGCAUCUGACGGUGACGGUGACCGCAAUAUGAUCUACGGAUACAAGGCAUUUGUCUCUCCUGGUGAUUCAGUUGCUAUCAUUGCGCAUUAUGCCGACAAGAUCCCUUACUUUGCUAAGAAUGGCGUUUUUGGCCUUGCUCGCUCAAUGCCUACCUCCGGCGCUCUCGAUCGCGUAGCCAAGGCUCAGGGCCUUGACAUGUACGAAACACCCACUGGAUGGAAGUUCUUUGGCGCUUUGUUUGAUGCCGACAAACUGUCGAUCUGCGGCGAAGAGUCGUUCGGUACAGGCGCCAACCAUAUACGGGAGAAAGACGGUUUGUGGGCCAUUGUUGCCUGGCUGAAUAUCAUUGCUGCAGUUGGCAAGGAAAACAAGGAGCUGGCUUCGAUCGCUGCCAUUCAGCAGAAAUUCUGGGAACAGUACGGCCGUACUUUCUUCACUCGCUAUGACUACGAAAAUGUCGACACCGACGGCGCCAACAAGGUCACCGACAAACUUGCCGAGCUUGUUGAAGAUCCCAGCUUCGUCGGCAGCAAGGUCGGUGAUCUCCAAGUCGAGAGUGCUGGUAACUUUUCGUAUACUGAUCUCGAUGGCUCGGUAUCCAAGAACCAGGGCCUCUACAUCAAAUUCAAGGGCGGCGCGCGUACUGUCGUUCGCCAGUCGGGAACCGGAUCUUCCGGUGCUACCAUCCGUCUUUACAUGGAAAAGUAUGAGAGCGACAAGAGCAAGUUCGGUCUCUCCUCAGAGAACUACCUCGCCCGCACCAUGAAGGACGUCCAGGGAUUACUUGAAUUAAAGAAGUUCAUUGGCCGCGAGGAGCCCGAUGUGAAGACUUGA